AUGGCUUCCUGCAGGUCCUCCAGCACCUCAAGCGGGCCCGUCACCACAGGAUCUCAAAGGAGGAGGCUUGUUCUGAAGCUGAGCCAGAAGGAUGCCCUGCAAUCCCUCUUUCAAGAGAAACCCUACCCUGGGAUCGCAACCAGAGAACGGCUGGCCCAGGAGCUUGGCAUUGCCCAAAGCAGAGUUCAGGUCUGGUUUCAAAACCAGCGAAGAAGAUGGUUAAAGCAGAGCCGAUCACCGUCUGAAUAUGUGCACCAAGAAGGGGAAGCGGGGCCAACGUCCACGCCCACGCCACUGACACCCUCUUCUCAACCUCAGUCUUCCUCUCCAGAUAUGGUUUCAAAACUGAAGAGCUCAGCACCCCCAGCAGGGCCCGAGUGGGCCCGGCAGCGCAGCAGCCAUGACUACUCCUGCUCCAGAGGACCGAAGGGCCCCACCCGCUUCUUGGCCCCCCGGCAGCCUGGGCAAGGGGCCAUCCUGCCACCUGGACAGCCAGAGGCACACAUCCCGCGCUGGCCGGAGUCAUCCUACGGUAAAGGCACCGCCCCUCAGCUAGAGACACAGACCCAGCCCCGCAGCCUUCCAAGCCCGACAAGCCUCCUAGACGAGCUCAUGGCCAACACGGGCGUUCUGUCUUUCCCAGGGCCUUUCCCGAGGGCUGCUGCCAAUCAAGGGGUGGACCCUGCCCUCCCAGGCACACCCAGCCUCCUAGACAAGCUCUUGGCGGCAACGAGCGUCCCCACAUCGCUGGGGCCUUCCCCGGGGGCCUCUGCAGUCACAGGGCAACAACCAGCUCUCGCUGGCACACCCAGCCUCUUAGAGGAAAUCUUGGCUGCCACCAGUAUCUGCGCCACCUUGGGGCCUUCCCUGGGGCCCUGUGCUGAUGAACGGGCACACCUCGCCCUCCCAGGCUCACCGAGACUCCAAGACGAGUUCCUGGCUUCCCCGGGCAUCCCGGGCCUGCUGGGUGCUUUUCUGGGGUCCUCUUCUAUCAUCGCAGGGGCCCACCUAGCCUUCCCCGGAUCACCCAGCUUCCUAGAGGAAAUCUUGGCUGCCACGGCCAUGCGGGACAUGCCCUGGUCUUCUCUUGGGGCCCCUGCGGGGGACGAGGGAGUUGAGGCCACCCUGGAAGCACGCCUCAGUCAGGAGGAUUACCAGGCCCUCCUCGACAUGCUGCCAGGCUCCCCAGGUCCUGUCACCACAGGAUCUCCAAGGAGGAGGCUCAUUCUGAAGCUGAGCCAGAAGGACACCCUGCAAGCGAUCUUUCAACAGAACCCCUACUCUGGGAUAGCGACCAGAGAACGGCUGGCCUGA